GAAGGAGAGAGACGCACGGCUCAUCCAUUGGACUCCACUUGCACAUCGACCCGCCUUCUUCCAAGCAACAUUUUUGCCUUAUUUUCCAGAACAGGAGUCAAGUAGGGUCCACUUACCACUCCAAAGCGGCGAGUGUUCAUGUGUUUUAAUCAUAUUACUGUAACCGCUCCUCCGUGUGUUUUUAGGCACGUUUUCUCUUUCCCAAUCGUCUUUUUCCUUCCCCCUAAUUGUACUGUAUUAAUUAAUAUUGUUCCUCACACAUGAGUUCGCCGCUGUUCUUUGGGCAUUUGGUCGGGGUUCCAGUCGAACCAAUGGAUCCCGGUGCCCCGGAGAAAGACACGACUCGCACCAAGAUUUUUGUCGGCGGGUUGCCGUAUCACUCGGACGACGCCUCACUUUUGAAAUAUUUCGAGACUUUCGGGGACGUCGUCGAGGCGGUGGUGAUCACCGACAAACACACGGGCAAGUCCCGAGGAUACGGCUUUGUGACCAUGGUGGACAGCACGGCUGCAGAGCAGGCAUGCAAAGAUGCAAACCCCAUCAUUGAUGGAAGGAAGGCCAACGUCAACCUAGCGUACCUAGGAGCCAAACCGCGCUGCCCACAUACAAGUCUAUCUGCCGGGGUUCAAGUCCAACAAUUCCACCCUGCAUGGGCUCAAAGGCACUACGACUUAGCUCAUCCUUACAUCUACCCUCCAGCAAUCCUGCAGCCCAGCCUGAUGCUGCCGUCCACCAUGAACCAUCCCUACUUUACUCCCUCAGGAUUGGAGCACUACCCCAUCAGCCCUUCUCCAUUGCCCUAUCUCAGCUACGGCUUUUCACCCGGAAUUCCUACACCCGCUUUCGUUGCAUCCCAGACUCCAGCCGCUGCCGCCCCUUCGCCUUUAGCUAUGUUUUCUACCUUGCCCGGCAUUGCGCAGGUCACAAUCCCUAACUUCGUGCACCAGUGCCAUCGCUCGCAGUGAGCAGCUAAUGCAAUGCGACGUCAUGAGUGAGAUGUCAUCAAAAAAAGGGCUUACUGAAAACACUCCUGAGUUUGUUGUAAUAGUUCAUAAACAUUGCUGUUACUUCAUAACAACCUGAAUGUUAGAUUAGUCAGGGACUGGAAUAAAUAAGCCCAGUGGCUGGCCACCAGAGGACUUUUGGAGAACACGUAAGGUGGCACGACAAUGAGAAUUUUUUUAUUUGAAAACAUGCUGAAUUAAUUUUCUGGGUUGUUGUUUUUUUUAACUUCCUGUUUAAGGUUUCUUUUCUAAGCAGCCUCGUUGAAACAUUUAUGUCAUCACCACAUUUAAACAUGUAAGUCUAUAUUCAAUAUAUUUACUCUAUUUUUCGGACUAAAAGUCACAUUUUUUUUUAAUUUAUACUCCAGAGCGACCUAUAGGUGAAAUUAUUAAAGGGACAACCAUCCAAAAUGGUAUGUUGGAUUUAUAUUGUGGCGCUAACGAGACAGUGAGGGACAAUUUGCACUUUAAUAGUAUAAGUAGAAGAACAUGCUUACAUUGAAACCCUCAAACAAAGACAAAUACUGGCUGGUUAUUAAUUCAAAUGUCAUACACAGUCACUGUGUCAUAAUAAAACCAAAAUUAGCACAUAACAACACACUAAAUGGCAUAACUAGCAAGUAAUGAAACAACAGGAACAGUUACUGAAGAAAUAAUUAGCUUAGAACCUGAACUUUAAACUUUAUAUACAGUGGUACAUCUACAUAUGAAUUUAAUUCGUUUCAGGACCUGGUUUGUAAAUCGAAAUGGUCGUAUGUCAAGCAGGAUUAUAAACUCGAUUAAUUAAUUCCACAGCUCAAAAACCUACACUAAAUCCUUCAUAAAUACUGCAGGUAGAAUUGCAAAAAGCAAUUUCACAUCGCUAAACAAAUAAAUUAUAAAUACAAAUUGGAAUAAUGAUACCAGUAGUCCCCAGGGUUACGAACAAGUUCCAUUGCUACGCUGGCGACGUGACCCAAAUUUCCACAUAAAUUGGAAUUAACCCUUUAUUAACCCCCUAAAGCUUAAAAUAACUAUACAAAAACAUGUAUUAUAUGUCAUUGUACUGCCCUUGCCAAAACGUUGGAGCUAAGUCCUAGCUAGACAACGAGCGAAACUGUAAUCCUUCCCUUCUCACUUGGUCACUCGACUUCUUUGUGGGAGCAAGUGCGCUCUCCCUCGUGUGUAUGCGUUCGGGCUUCUUCUUGUGUGCAAAUACGUUCUUCUUCGUGUGUACAUGUGCUCUUACUUGCGUGUGGAAACAUAACUAGUCUACGCUUCUUGCGCCAAAAUAAAAGCAUGCAUCACAAAAGUCAAAUUAUAAUGAAAUACGUACACAUUUCGGCAAAGAGCUGAACAAUCAUUUUAAUUAACUAAAGUAAAAAUAAGAUACUGUGAAGUACAAUAAGGUACUAUUUACGUAGCUGGAGAAAAAAUGAAGGAUGAGACUCCGGCGAAAGUCGAAAUCACUUAAGUCUGGUACGUCGUAACCCGGGAACUACCUGUAGAAUAAUAAUAAUUAUGUAUCAAAUUGGGUUUUAAUGUGCCCGUUGUGUUUUGCAUGCUGUCCCUGAACGCACCGUGUGUGAUAUGAUAGUGUGAGAGAUGCGGAAGAGUGGGAACUUUUUACUUUGUCUUUUUAAGUUCUGUUGUGGUUGGCGUCUGCUACAGCGGACAGUAGCCGUGUCAUGUUACACAAGUUCUGAAAUUAAUGAUUUAAAACUUGACGAAGCUGGUGAUUUCCUUGACGAUGUUACGAUAAUAAUAAUUGUAUCCUUACAUAAGAAGACUGACGAACGGAAAUCAGAGGAGAACCGUCGAGAUCGUAGACCUAUUAAUUAUCAUUUCCUUCUAAAUGUCUAUAGUAAGUGUCACAUUUUUUAACCACCUGCACUAACCUUCUUGGGACCCAUGUUGAUUUCUCUCAAAAGAAAAUCCACCAUGCGUCCGUCUUGCGGGAAAACAAUGAAAUUGCGACUCUCAUAAAUCGUCAUAUUUCAAGCGUUUCGUCAUAUGUCAAGUAAAAUGACGAGACAAAUUUUACGUCGGAUGUUGAAAUGAUCGUAUUUCGAUGCGAUCAUAUGUCUGGCUACCACUGUAAAUCACGAGCGCCACAAUGCAUGUUAAGGAGGCAUGAAACUGUUGUUAUUGGUCUGCUCCGCCCGCAAUGGUUGAUGAUUAAUUUGUUAGGGCACCGUUACAGAGUAGUAAUAUUUACUAAUGCCCUGCCUGUGUGCUGCAUACAGUAUAGUCAGCUUUUUAUUGAUGCUGUACAGUGCAUGAGCCUUAAGAGCAGCCUGUUAAGGAAAGGCUAGUAAAGGGGAGUCUAAACCGGUCGUCAAGGGCCGUUGUGGGCCCUGGUUUUUGUUCGAUCGCGCACAGAACGUUUACCCAAUAAGGUUUCUGCUAAAACAAGCAGGACAUGACUCAAUCAACUGAUCAAACUUGUAAGAUGGCAGAUUGAUGCGAAGUUGUCGUCCUGUUUUGUCGGAAAGAGAUCCUGCACCCACUGCGGUUUGGCGCUAGUGUCUCUAUACUUUGUCCCUCACUCGCUACAUUAUUUUAAAUUGCUCUCAAAAUGAAAUACAGUGAUCCCUCGCUACUUCGCUCUUCAAACUUCGCGCCCUCAAUCCAUUGCGGAUUUUUUCAAAUAAACAAAUACAGUAUUUAAAAAUGUUAAGAUUUAUGCAUGUGAACAUGUACAAAUCAUUGUUUUCUUUUAUAAAUAUCUCAUUCACAUCAUAAUUAUUACAUUUGCAGUGCUUUAAAAAUAUUUAUAAAAGUAUACAUAUAAGCAGGGGUGCACAUAAUUUUUUUGCCCAGGUUCUCAGAGGAGGACCUGGAGAUGUGACUUGGUCCUCAUUGAGCUUGAGAGCCGACCCGCCUGAUGCGAUAAAUUUAUGACAAGCUUUACUUAGAGCCAAUUAACUUUAAUUAAUUAUAUUAACAAUUAAUGCUUGAUUAACAUCAACUGGCACAACAAAAUUGCCAUUACUUUGAAGUGAAAUGUAAAGAAAUAAACAUAAAAGCACCAAUUCAAAAUAAAGGGCAUUAUGCGGCUCCCACAUUAACUCCAAGCCUUUUUAAAAGUGGGAUGUCCUCCUCAUAAGACCUCAUUGAACGUGCAUGUUUAGCUUUGUAAAAUGCGAGCAAAAACACGUUUGUCAGUGCAUGUCGCUGUUCAUUACCUUUAUUCUGCCACUUGUCCAUAGGGCGUGUGGGGUCCUGUUUGACAUCGAUAGUUUGCUUAAUUGCCACAUGCUCUCUGUUUUUUUUCGUGCUUUUCAAAGUUUGGAUGGCUGAAAUUCUUUGACCCUACAUAAAAUGCGCUGCUCUUAUCGGCGACAUUGGGAUUCUCACGGCACAUUUUGUACCGCAUUUCCAUGCGAGCAUCAUUUGCUUCUAGCUAUGGUACCUCCUGUAGCCACUUUUCAGCAAAAGUCCUUUUUUUGGUAGCUCCGGUGACGUCUCUGUCGUCUGUCUGUCUUUUGAAGGGGGUGGGGGAACACGAAAGUAAUUACUCAGUGUGGCCUGCCUCUUCGACAUUUUGAGAAGUUAUUUUCUCGUGUCCGCCGCAAAUACAGUGGUCAGCCAUCGGUACGCAAAAGCGUAUGGAAGCCGUUGAGGGCCAGCGCGUUUGUCUACGUCCAGUACGCAUGCGCGCAUGCGGACCACUUAUGUGCACCCCUGCAUAUAAGGGUUUAUUGCUUUGGGGGUUUUUUGUUUGUUUUUUUCCUUUUUUAAAAUUUUAUUAUACUUUGGGGAAAGAUGGGGGGAAACGUCUUUUAUGUAUCUCUUUCCAAUGCUGUUAAAUCUGAAUAAAUACAUUGAACACUCCAAAAAAAAUUUUUUUUUUAAUUGUUAUUUAUUUAAAUGUAAAUAAUCUCCGCCUCUACUUCGCAGAUUUUCGAUUUUCGCAGUGGUGGGAGUCCACGUUGAAAUGAGGGAUCACUGUAUCUGUUCUUUGUGUUGGAUUUAUCAAAACAAAUUUCCCCAUAAAAGUGCGAUUUAUACUCUGGUGCGACUUAUAGUCCGAAAAAUAAGGUAAUUCCCUCCUUGAGGUAAUUUUUCAUCUCUAAAUAAGGCUAUUCAGGACAACACUGGAUCUAUGGUAUUCAUUUGCCUACAGCAAAAAACGAUUUUACAUUUGGAAAAGGUUUUGUUGUUUUGUUUUGUUUUUUUCGAAAAUGGAUUUUAAUUCCAAGGUGGUAUAUAUCCUGUAGAUGAUUACAAUGUUAGAUCUUGAGUAUAUGUCAGUUUCAGGUCAUAAAUUCUCUUACAGACGACAGAAUUGAUAUUGUCUUUUUUAUGUCUUUUUUGUUUUUGUUUUCCAACUGCAGAAUCAGACUGGUGCUUAAGUGAAGCUAGAUUGGCAGUUUGGUUAUGUGAAUCCAUCCACCUUUGUACUAUUUAAAAAGCCAUAUGUAACCUUUAGUAGAAGCAAAAAAUAUGUAUAUGCAAAA